CAUAUUUGCUAGCAUUUCUCUAGAAUAUGACAAGAACUGGAAUUUCCACAUUGACGGGGAUACUUCUCUUCAAAUUAACUGGAAAUUUUGCCAUACUAUUCUCUGAAAUGAAUGUAGAAAUUAGCAUUCCUUUCAGCAAUGUACAAGACUUCUUUUUGCUCCAUGUUCUCACCAAUACUUGCUACAAACAAUGUGUUGAAGAGCUCAUCCUUUUCACACUGAUUGGAACCGAUGAGAAAAUGCUCAUCAGCAUUCUGACUGAGAGGUCAAAUGCACAGCGGCAGCUGAUUGUUAAGGAAUAUCAGGCAGCAUAUGGAAAGGAGCUGAAAGAUGACUUGAAGGGUGAUCUCUCUGGCCAUUUUGAGCAUCUCAUGGUGGCCCUAGUGACUCCACCAGCAGUCUUUGAUGCAAAGCAGCUAAAGAAAUCCAUGAAGGUAUGAGCCCCACAAGCCAUUUCUGCCCAGGGUUUGACCGAGUCAUCAAAAAUAGUGACUUUCUGGCAGCGCACACUUGUGAUGGGUGGACUUGGAUGCCAUUUUGGUCUGUACUCUCCCAGUGGUAGAAUGACUCUGAAAUAGGGAACAGUUGUAGAACCUUAAGCCCAAAUGUUCCUGGGCUGGAAGAAUUUUGUCAUAUCUUUGUUUGACAUGAAGAGUCAAGUUCUCUAGUUUGUCAUCAUUGAAAGUAAAUGGCACUGUCAUAACCCCAACACUGAAGCUAAAAACCUAGCAUUAUCCUUGAACCCUUGUUUUCUCUUACCCUUCCACUCUCCCAAAUCUAUCAGCAGGUUCAUUAGUUUUACUUCAAAAUCCAUUGUAAAUAUGUGCACUUCUCUCAAAAUCCAUUGCUACCGUUCUAGUCUGACUACCAUCAUCUCUUGACUGGUCCGUAUCAAUAGGCUUCUAACUAGUCCUUUUGCCUCCAUUUUUGCCCACCUCAAAUUCAUUCUACACAGAAUAGCCAAAAUUAUUUUUAUUAAUUUAUUUAAAAAAUCAGAUUAUGGGCCGGGCGCGGUGGCUCAAGCCUGUAAUCCCAG